AGAUAAUGUGGACAGAGAGGUCCACAGAGUAAAAACUUGAAGACACUUAAUAAAGUGCAAAUUUGUGUCCAGGUAUUGGCUGUUCCAAUGAGGAAAAUUGAGAGGAGAUCGGAAAUGUCAAAAUUUGGAUGCUAAUUUUCUACUUCCUAAUUAAGUUCUUAAACCAAAGGUGUUCAUGCUUAAAGACAGUUUCAGAAAUGGUGGCUGAGCAAAGGAAAAUUCUCCAGUGUUUUUCUGCAAUCUGCUUCAUUCUUAUUUCACAAAAGUCUGUUUUAAUUUGGUCGCAAAAUCUGGCUCCGACAUUUAUGGCAAACAUGACUGUUGUACGUGUGACUGAAGAUGCACCAAAAGGUACAUCUGUUUUCCGGAUAGCUGCUGAAGAUAAAGAUGGCGAUCCACUUUUGUAUGGGUUGGAGGGAGAAUUAGCAUCAGUUUACUUUACAGUGAACAGCACCAGUGGUGAUGUAACUAUUAAAGAAGCCAUUGACAGAGAGAUCUAUGCAAAUAGCAAUGACCAUUUUGGAAUAACCAUUACUGUUGAUGAUGGAUUAAACGCACUGGUGAAAAAGACGCUCCAUAUAUUCAUUGAAGAUGUUAAUGACAAUGCACCAGCAUUUAAAGGGUUACCUUAUCAAGCAGAUGUCGCAGAGCAGAAUGAAGAAGUGGGAAUGGAGAUAUUCAAAGUAUUUGCUAGCGACUCUGAUAGAGGCAAUAAUGGUUCAGUAACGUAUGAAAUUCUAGAGUUUAUACCCUCAGAUAAUGUUGAGUUAUUCGAAAUAUCCAAAAAUGGCAGUGUUUUCCUGAAAGGUCAGCUGGAAUUUGCAAGAGCCAGCAUUUACCAGGUUCUUGUCAAGGCAGUGGAUCAAGGCAAACCAGAAGCAAAAUAUUCAACUACAAGACUGAUCAUAAAUGUGAUUGACAUACCAAAUAAACCACCAGAGUACUUAAGCUCAGUUUAUCAUGUUCGAAUUCCAGAGAAUUUACCUGUGAACACAGUUAUUAUCACUGUAACAGCAAUUGAUGGAGAUAGAGGUAUUAACAACCCAAUCACAUACAGCAUUAAUGGUACCAGUACAUUUAAAGUAGAUAACGUAACUGGUAAAGUCACUACUGCCUCUAUGUUGGACAGAGAAAAUAUGGAAGAACUCAUUACAAUUGAUAUCACUGCUUUUGAACUUGUCAACGGUAUUAAGGACCUUUCAGCUACAGCAACAACAACAAUUACAAUUUUAAUACUUGAUGUCAAUGACAAUAAGCCAAUAUUUUAUUCAAUGCAUGGAACAUCUACUGACACAUUUCGUGCAAUAGUGCCUGAAGAGACAGCUAAUGGCAUGCCAAUUCUUCACAUUUUUGCACAAGACCUAGACCAAGGCAACAAUGGAACAUUUGGAGCAUUUCUUCAAGGACCAGAUUCUACAGCUUUUAAUUUGAAUCGAAAUAUCGUUUACAAUGAGGGGAUGUUAACAAUCCAAGUGGCAAACUCUGAGGCACUAGACUUUGAGAGGAAUGAUUUCUUACAGUUUCAGAUUUUUGCCAUUGAAUUGGAGACAAAAGAAAGAUUCAGUUCCUUUGCAAAUAUUCGUAUUGUCAUAACAGACAGAAAUGACAACCGUCCAGUGUUUAACCAGGAUUACUUUAUGCUCGAAGUCCCAGAAGAUAGCACAAAUGGCUACAAUGUGACUUGCAUUACAGCUACAGAUGCUGACAGUGCACAUUUUGGUGAGAUAACCUAUCAACUUUUUGGAUCUGACAGUGUGUUGCAGACAUUUGAUGUGGACCCAGUAUUCGGUGUGUUCUUUAUAAAAAAUAAAACACUUUUGGACAGGGAGACAAGACCACAGUUUUUCGUCACAUUACAAGCCAGGGAUGGCGGAGGUCUCACAACCAAUGCACAAAUACGCAUUUCCAUCUCUGAUGCAAAUGACCAAGUGCCUGUUUUCCAGGGAAAUAGUUACAGUGGAUUUAUUAAGGAAAAUGAGGUUAAAAAUAUUGUCCAGGUUCAGGCUUUUGACAGGGACCAAGCGAAUUCCCCAAACAGUGAAAUUACUUACACGAUCAUUGAUGGAGAUCUUGUUAAAUAUUUUAUAAUCAAUGGUUCCAAUGGAGUAAUAUCUGUGGUCAAACCACUGGACAGAGAAUCCAUGGAUGUCUCUUUGAAUGGAAUUAUUAAUCUGAUUGUCCAAGCCAAAGAUGGCGGUAAUCCAGCUCUCAGUUCCACAGUGCAAGUUGCCAUCACAGUGGAGGACGUGAAUGACAAUGGUCCAGUUUUUAACCAAAGCACAUAUUUUGUUGCUGUUCCUGAAGACCAGCAGGAUCGGUGUGUUUUUGAGGUACGUGCUUUGGACAGUGAUGUAACUGAUUCAAACCGGCUGAUGACCUACAGAAUUGAAGAUGGGGCAAGGGGCCAAUUUAUUAUCAGCACUGGGAGAGGAGAGCUGCAGCAAUCUGCAUGUAUCCAUGUAACUCCAGAGACCAGGCUUGAUUAUGAUGGUGGUCCACGGAAAUAUAGACUAACUGUAGCAGCCAUUGAUUUCGGGUUUGAUCCUAACACCGGCUACACAACCAUCCAAGUGGAUAUUUUAGAUGCAAAUGAUGAGGCUCCUAUUCUAAUUGGAAGUUCACUCUCCAAUGUGUUUGCAAAUGAAAAUGGAAUAAUCAAUACUACCAUUGUUACAAUCCAGGCUUUCGAUCCGGACACAGAUGCAGAAUUGCACUUCUUUAUCAGAGGAACUGAGUGUCUUGAUGAGAAGGGGAGAAAGAUGAAUAGUUCGCUCUGUAAGAACUGGUUUCAACUGACAGAGAGAUCCGGAUCUUUGGUCUACAGUGGCCCUGUUGACCGUGAAAGUGUUCAAGCUGUUUUGCUCAGAGUACAAGUUGUGGACUACAACACUGUGCAUUCUUCAAACAUGAGUGAGGAAGGGCAUGUUAAAAUUAUCAUUGCUGAUGAAAAUGACAAUGCACCUAUAUUUUCUGGAACUGAAAAUAGAAAAGUUGUUGUGUUGGAAUUUGUCACUGAGGGAUUAGAGGUUGCAGUGUUAGAGGCCACUGACCGUGAUGCUGGAAAGAAUGGUGCUAUCACAUUCCACAUUGGAGAAGUCAAUUUUACUGUGCCGGGGGCAUCACCAGUCAACAAAACAACAACAGAAUCCUUUUAUGUUCAAACAUCUUUGAACAGCAAGUAUAUGUGGGAAGGCAGUCUACGGAUAAAAAAUCAUUUGGAAUUAUCUCUAAAGGGAUGUUGGAAGAUAAAAAUUGUCGCCGUUGAUGGGGGAAAACCCAGCAACACUGUUCAUCACUUAUUAGAAGUCUAUGUCGUUAAUGGGAGCAGUAAAUUACAAUUAGUUUUUGACAAGCUGCCAGGAACAGUACUCCUCAUGGAGAAACAAAUACUGAGCAUUUUAGAAGCUGCUGUGCCUGGAACCAAUGUGGUUGUAUCAAAAGUUUUACCAGCAAUCAAGACCAGUAACUUAAAAAGGACCAUUAUGGACAUAUAUUUCAUUGAUGACAAAGGCAUUGUUGUCAAUCCGGAUGUUAUUAGAGGAGAGAUAGAAAAAAAUGUUUCUGCUCUUACCAGCCUUAUUGACCUAGGUUUGAGAGCGGUGGGUUCUCUCUCAUCUCAUCUCAAAUCUGAUAACAAAGCAAACCUGCACCGAGUGAUUUCUAUAUUAGCUGUUGCCAACAUAACUUCUGUUGCUUUGGCUGUACUUCUCCCUGUGUAUAUUAGACAAAGGUAUCAACGAAAAUUGAAAGCUGCUUCAUCAAUAAGUGUGGCACAGCUGACCUCUGUGAAAAGGAACCCCAUGGUUUUUGAUGUACCUGGAACAAACAUGUAUACCACAGAAGGAUCAAACCCAAUUUGGAAUAAAACUCAGUUCAUUGAAGUGACCAGCUGUUUUAAUGAAGAUACUUGUUCUGACCAGCAAAGUUUGAACUCUCUUGACGAUAAUCCCAUUGCUGAUGAGAAGGAUUACUUUAAUAUCCGGGAGCCAAACACCUACAAAUAUCAGGAAAAAAGAGGCAAUGUAUUUUUCAUAAGUGCACAAAAAAGUGAUUCCGAAAAUUCUCACGAGGCUACAGCCCACAACUUCCUUUCCAUUGCUUUAGCAUCACAUGAAGAAAGAAAAUGUGUAGGAAAGCCGAAAUCUGGAAAAAUGAUUAAUUUACUCAAUAACAGAAGACUGAAUGGUACCGAUCUGUGAAAGAAGAAUUUUAAACUGUUAAAUAUUUUGUGACUUUCUGGGUUGAUGUAGAGUCUUAACUGCAAAUGUAAAAAUUAGCCUUACCAUUUGGAGUUUUAACUUCUGAUUGACAGUGCAGAGGCCUGGAGAAAAUUGUGAGAUGAAGUCACCAUCCAGAAUAAACAUCCAAGUUCUCUAGGUCAGUAGGAAAGCUACCUGGUUUUGGGAUCUAAACGUGACUUGGUCACUAAGUUCAUUUGAUACACAGGUGGCUUAUAAGAAGUUCUGUUGCACCCUGAUCAAACCAUCCACUCUUAACAACACUCUGUCGUCUACAUAAAGUAGAUUAUGACUUUACUGAGGUAAUCUCACUCUCCAUAGCAUUGAAUUCACUAACUAACCUCAAACUAGAUUUAUAUUUUUUUCCAAACUAUUUGUAUGAAAGAAAUAGAAGACUUGGGUGAUUAACUUCAUUUCUAAAUGCCAAGUGAUAUUUAAUUAUUAUCCAGCUUCUUAUUACUGGUGACAUUUAUGAACAAGUACUGGACAGUGAAUAGUGAUUGUGCUGUUUGGGAGCCCGGGAUUACGGAAGCCAGUUGCAGUACCCUGGCUGAGAUGAGUUCACUCAGACCUAUGGUAUGUAUGGACUGUUUGAUCGGGUCGCCCCUCAAAGGCUGUGCUAACCAUCGUGAGGGAGCUCUUUCUGAUAUAUUUUAAUUUGACUGUUGUGAAAAU